AAUAUAUGGAUAAAAUUUGCCAUUUUUGUGAGUUUAGCUUCCUUCGAAUCGUUUCGUUGUUUCGCUGGAUUUUGUUUACAUAUUGUUGUCUCUAGUGGCAAAGGAGACAGCUCUCGUUCCAGAUUUUCUGAAGGUGAUCAUACAAACCUUUUUGAAAGAAUUAUUAUUAUUAUUAUAUCUUCCUACAAAUUCUGCUAUUCUGGUGACCCAAAUCUUAUUUUCAAAGAAACCCAGAUGGAGGACAGUUUUGCUGAGGAGCUCUACUCUGAAAGUUUGAAAUUAUCAAAAACAAAAUUGGAUUCUACUUCAACUGCCAAUUGUUUUGAUGAAGGUGACUUGCAAGAUGGGGAUGGAUCUUUGUGGGGUGGUUCUGAUGAGGAAUUUGAUAAAUCAUCUGAUUUGGACAGAGAGUGGCAAAAGAGGCGUGAUCAAUUCCACACUAUUGGAUAUCGUGAUGGCCUUAUAGCAGGGAAAGAAGCUUCUGCCCAAGAGGGGUUUAAUAUUGGCUUUAAACGAUCUUUUCUCUCUGGAUACAAUUGGGGUCUUGUUAGAGGUGUCACCAGUGCAUUUGCUUCCCUUUCCAACGAGCUGAAAGAGAUGUUGGCUGAAACACAAGAAAAUAGAAACAAAUUUCAGGGCUUAUAUGAAUCAGUGCAUUCACUUUCAACAACUGAUGCACUUAAGUUGUAUCAUGAUGUAGUGGUGAGAAAAGCCGAGGGACAUAGUGAUAAUGCUGAGGUUAGCUCAGGUUUAGAAGAUCAAAGAUCAGAGUGUGGCUGUCUGGAAAAUCACUUUGGAGAGCUUCGAUCCCUUCUUCUUGAAACUCCUGCUAUUCAAGUACAUUUUUCCGAUAAAAGAUAGUUCGUUCUUUACUUUGUGAAUUACUUAUUUGUGGAUUACUGUUAUAGUUUGGACUGGGAAAAAAUGUAGUGGAAGUAAUAUGCCUGUAAUCAUGGCAGCAAGUUUUGGAUAACAAGAAUAUUAUAACAGAAAAGACAUAUAUAAUUGAUACAGUCUGAUGAUCUUAUCAGUAA